AAGUCGCUAGCUUUAUUCAAUGGCAUAAAUUGCCUUAUCUAAAAUUGUCCUGUCUCUAAAGUUUUUAUUAUUAUUGCCUUGAUUCUCGAGCUCAAGUCUCAGCCAUUGCUUUACUUCAAGGAAAACUUGUCUAAGAGAUGAAGAUUGCAGAGAUUUUCAUCUUAGUGCUUUCGAGCAUUCUGCUUUUUUCAGGAUGUUGCAUCAAUGGUGUCUCAUAUGACUAUUCCGCAACAACAAAGUGUUUAGUUGAGCCUGAGAGAGCACAUUACCGAGGAGGGCUAAUAGUCAAUCCUGCGUUCAAUUAUGGCACAGAAGGGUGGUCACCAUUCGGAGGAGCAGUAAUCCAGGAAGGUAUAUCAGAAACUGGAAACAGGUUUGUGAUGGUAGAAAACAGAACAAAUUCAUUGGACAGCUUGUCCCAGAAAGUUCAACUUGAGAAAGGAAACUUGUAUAGUUUUUCAGCUUGGAUCCAAAUCAGCAAAGGGAGUGAAAAUGAAAGUGAAAUAGUUUCUGUUAUGUUCAAAACUUCUGAGGGUACAUUGAUCCCUGGAGGUGAAGUAGUAGCGAAACAAGGAUGCUGGUCGUUGCUAAAGGGUGGAAUUGUUGCAAAUUUCUCAAGCCCUGUUGAGAUUCUUCUUGAGUGCAGGAAUACAAGAGUGGAUAUAUGGGCCGAUAGUCUCUCUAUGCAACCAUUCACUCCAGAACAGUGGAGAACCCACCAAGAGGAAAGCAUCAACAAGGUUCGAAAAAGUAGAGUGAGUCUGCAGCUAACUUAUGCAAAUGAAACUGCACUUGAUGGUGCUAUAGUAUCCAUCAAGCAAACCAAGCCAGGCUUCCCCUUCGGAUGUGGAAUAAACCACAAAAUCCUCAACAGCACAGGUUAUCAGGACUGGUUCACCUCGAGAUUCAGGUUCACCAGCUUUACCAAUGAAAUGAAAUGGUACAGCACCGAGAAGAAACAAGGAGAAGAAAACUAUGUUGUUGCAGAUGCCAUGGUGGAAUUCGCCCAACAGAAUGGGAUUUUCAUAAGGGGCCACAACAUCCUGUGGGAUAACCCCAAAAUGCAGCCUGAUUGGGUUAAGGACCUUCCCCCUGAUGAGCUGAGGGAUGCAACAAUUCAGAGGGUAAACUCAGUGGUUUCAAGGUAUGCAGGGCAGUUAAUUGGAUGGGAUGUUGUGAAUGAGAAUCUGCAUUUCAGGUUCUUUGAGGAUAAUCUUGGAGAAAAUGCUUCAGCUGUCUUCUACUCAAUGACAUACAGCCUGGAUCCGGAUACCAUCCUGUUUAUGAAUGAGUAUAAUACUAUAGAAGACAGCACGGAUCAGGAUAGUAGUGCAGUUAGGUAUAAGAAGAAACUUGAAGAGAUUCUAGGCUUCCCAGGGAAUGAAAAUGUUAAGGCUGGAAUUGGACUACAGGGACAUUUUGGUUCAGGCCAACCAAACAUUGCUUACAUGAGAUGUGAAUUGGAUAUACUAGGAACAAUGGGGUUGCCUAUUUGGCUUACAGAAGUGGAUUUGCACAAAAGUCCUGAUCAGGCAAAGUACUUGGAGGAGAUACUAAGGGAGGGCUUCUCUCAUCCUGCAGUUGAAGGGAUUAUCAUUUUUGGGGGUCCAGAAGUAUCCGGGUUUUAUAACAUGACACUGGCUGGUGAAGACUUCAUAAACACUGAAGUUGGAGAUGUUGUGGACAAGCUAAUUGAUGAAUGGACAUCUGGGGAUCUAGAAAUUGCAGGAGAUGAUGAAGGAUUUUCUGAAGUUUUGCUUUUUCAUGGAGAUUAUGUAGCAACGGUUAACCAUCCAAGGACCAACUCCUCAACGACUGUAAAUUUUACUGUAACAAAAGACACAACUGGUAGAAGUAUCCUUGUGCAAAUUGAUGCUUGAAUCAUUGUAAUGUAUAACAAAAAUAUAGACUUUCCAAUGCAGUAAUGAUAUUUUGAGAAACAUAUGCAGUAAUGAUAAAUUUCAAGAUUUUGAAGGAAAACCAAAUGCCGCUACGCUCUAGCUAACUCCGUGACUGGCAAUGCUUGUUGCAGCUUACUAAUCAUAAGUAAGUACAUAUGCAUGACUAUUGCAGAAUAUAUAGUUAAACUAAUCCUUCACGACGUACGAAACAGCAUUUUGGAUUGAAACCUAGCUAGAUAGCCAAUAUAUGGAAAACUGAUCACCGAAGCCUUAAAAUUAUUAUUAGUAUCUCCUCCUGGUAGCCAUAAAACAGGAGACAGUAGCCAUGAUGAGUGUCAGUGUACAAGAACUCAUGUCGUUGAAGAUUGCUUCGAACCGCAUUUCCUGAAGAUCCCAGAUCGUCGAGACGAGGAGCCAGACCCCAUCAAAAACUAGUAGCAGAAUGCCCAUUGCCAUUGCCCUCCCUCCUUUCUUUAUCAAAAAGGUAGCAUCCAAUAAGAAAUUUUUUUUUUUUUU